AUAAAAAUUGUGUUUUCCGAGAUAAGACAUAUAUAGCCAUAAAUUGUUUGGUAAAAUAAUAAAUAUAUGACUAAGAUUAAUCAUGACUGACACUCCCGAUAUGUCGGAGAUCCUUGACAAAAAUCUUGAAGACAUUGAAAUUCAAGAGGUCUUGAAAAAUGGUACUGAUCUUAGGGAAUACGCAUUACAAGUAGACAAAAAUAUUAAAGAAGCUGAAAAAAAGUCUGUAGCCGAUUACCUAAAAGAAAGUGAAAACAUUGGAAUACUCCACAACAAAAUAGAAGAUUGUGAUUCUAUCUUAGCAAAAAUGGAAAGUAUGUUACUGGUUUUUGAGAAUGACUUGGGAAGUAUAAGCAAUGAGAUAAUCAGCUUACAAAAACGAUCUGUCAAUAUGUCUGUUCAGUUGACCAACAGACAAGCUCUUAAAGGACCUUUAUCUUCGUUUAUUGAAGACAUGGCCGUGUCUGAAACUCUAAUAUUUGGCAUAAAUAAUGUUCCUGUUAUUGAUAAAGAGUUUAUGGUACAAUUGGCCAUACUUAACCAAAAACUAAACUUUGUUAAGGAACAAGAUUUCAAAGAAACUAAAGCUUGUCAUGACGUAAAAGAUGUUUUAGAGAAACUCAAAAUUAAGGCUGUUUCGAAGAUACGGACAUAUCUCUUGGAACAAAUAUACAAAUUUAGAAAACCAAUGGCAAACUAUCAAAUCCCACAAAACGCAAUGCUUAAAUACAAAUUCUUCUUUGAAUUUAUAUUGGCCAAUGAAAGAAAUGUGGCACAGGAAAUUUGCAAUGAGUACAUCGAUACACUGAGUAAGGUGUACUACUCUUAUUUUAAGUCAUAUGCAUCCAGAUUGGACAAGUUAAAAUAUGAGGAAGUACCAAGCAAGGAUGACUUAAUGGGCAUAGAGGAUGGCUCAAAGGGAGGUUUCUUUCAGAAGUCUAAUCUGCGUAAUAAAAGCACUAUUUUUACAAUUGGCAACAGGGGAGAUGUUCUGGCACAGCAGUUGGAGGCACCAAUUAUUGUACCACAUGUUCAGCAAAAAACUAGGUACUCCUAUGAAGCCCUAUUCAGAAGCUUGCAAUAUGCACUAGUUGACAACAGCUGUAGAGAAUACUUAUUUACAACAGAAUUCUUCCAUGUCAAGGGUAGCCAUGCUCAAGAACUUUUUGAUAGGAUACUGGGCAAAACACUGUCAUUGCUUGUGAAAAAUGUGGAAAACUAUGUCUUGGAAUGCUAUGAUUGUCUGGCAUUAUUUUUGUGUAUUCAGCUUAUAAAUAGAUACAGAUGGAUGUGCCACAAGAGAGCUGUAGCUGCCUUAGAUAGUUACUGGGAGUCGUUGCUCUCUGCUUUAGGUCCUAGACUUGAAUAUGUGCUGAAGUUGAAUAUCCAGAGCGUAAGGGACUGUGAUCCAGCUAAGCUGUCUAACAAAGAGUUGGGGCCACACUAUAUCACACGUCGUUAUGCAGAAUUCUCAGCGGCUAUGCUCAGUCUUAGUGAACAGUUUCCAUCAGAAGAAUUGAGUAAACUUCUGUCUAUUCUUCAAGACGAAGUUCAUUGUUUCCUUUUAAAAAUGGCCGCAGAGUUUCCACAAAGAAUUCAGCAGCUUAUAUUUUUAAUAAAUAAUUACGACAUGGUCCUAAGCAUAUUGAUGGAAAGAACCAGAGACAACACAAAGGAGGCCGAAAGCUUUAGAGAUCAGUUGCAGGCGAGGAGCUCCGAGUAUGUGGAGGAAAUACUGAGCCCCCAUUUUGGAGGACUCAUGCAAUUUGUCAAGGAAGGAGAACAGCUACUGGAGAGCGACAAGAAAGCGGAGCUAGCUAAUCUAGAAAAAAAAUCACUGACUCUAGUGGCUUCGUUCUCUUCGAGGUGGAAACAAAGUCUGGAAGAAAUCCAUAGAGAAGUUUUAGUGUCCUUCCCGAACCUCGUAACGGGAUCAGGACUGCUGCAAAUGGCUCUCACAAACUUUGUUCAGUAUUAUCAUAAAUUCGUCAAACUGUUGACUCCAAAUGCGAGAACGCAACUAGUGAAUAUUCACGUAAUAAUGGUUGAGAUAAAAAAAUAUAAAACUAAUUAUUAGACCAUAAUAAGAAAUAUUGUUCAUUGAGCGUUUAAAUAAAAUUUAUUGCUCAUUGAUUCUGAUAUCUGGUACUAAACCAAAAUGUGAUUAAAAUGGAGUUCAUAUAAUAAUGUUUACUGAUGAUGGGUGUUAUAAGACCGAAAUUAUCUUCGAAGACCGUUAAAAUAGAUGAUUUUGUUUUUUAUAAUUUAGAAUGGUACUUUUGGAGAUAAUAGUGUGUAUGUCCAAUAUUAAAAGCUACAAACUCACUCUCGGAGAUAAUUAAUCUUUGUUUAACUUUAAUGAAGAUUGUAAAUCUAUACUUCCAUAGUAAUACAUAAAACAUACUAUCUGUUACCUCUUCACGCUCAAACCGCUGAACCGAUUUUGCUGAAUUUUGGCAUGGAGAUAUUUUUAGUAGUCUAGUAUUAUUUGAAUGAAAGUUAUGUAUAAUGUAAUCGUUAAAUCUCUAAGUGCAGCGGUACAGCUACUUUUGGUAUUGUGUUCUCAAUUUUCAACUUAUGUUUAGUUUGUACAUAUUUUUGUUAGGUUGUAAAUUUAAACUUAAGUAUUUUUUUUAAUAUCAGUCAAAAAUUACCGUAUCUUAUAGUAUAGCCAAUUUAAGGGUUUUAUUUUAAUUUUUAGUCUACACCUUGUAAAUAUAUUGUGAUCUGAGCUCAAUUUUUGGGUAACGUGAUUACAAAGAAACAUUCCAUUAAGUUAUUGAGUAUUUUA